AUGGUCUACUGUGGCAAGCCCUCUAGGGGUUGCCAGAUGUGCAGAGCCCGAAGAAUCAAGUGCGAUGAAACGAAACCAACCUGUAAUCAAUGUGCCAAAUCCAGGCGACAAUGCCCUGGCUACAAAGAUGAAUUCGAUCUCGUCUUCCGCAACGAGACGCAGGCAACUGAACGAAGAGCUCGCAAGGCCAGCAAGAAAGCCACGGCGCUGAAGCAGGGUAAACCUUCAAAGGCCGUAGCUAUUCACAAACCAACACCCGAUCAGUCUAUUAUAUCGACUCUCCAACUUCCGGUGGACCAGCAGGCAACAUGCCACUUUCUAUCGAACUUCGUUCUGCUACCUUCUCAUGAUAACACGCGUGGAUGGAUGGAAUUCGUUGUGCCUCUCCUUAAAAGCGAGAAGCAAGCGUCCCAUUUCAAGCUAGCGUUUGAUGCAUGUGCCAUGGCAUCUCUGGGGAACCGUGUCGGUUCAGGUUGCAAUUUUGAGAACAAGGCUUUAGGAUGUUAUACGAAAGCACUUUCCGCCACAUUCAGCGCCCUAAAGGAUCCCGUUCUAUCCAAGGAGGACUCAACUUUAGCAGCUGUGCUGCUUUUGGGACUUUUUGAGAACAUUACCGCAAAGCAAUUGGGAAUGCUCGCUUGGGGCUCUCAUAUUGAAGGAGCUAUUCAACUAGUUAAGUCGAGGGAUAGGAAGCAGAUGCGAACGAAAACAGGCCUGGCUCUUUUCGUAGCCACAAGAACGCAAAUGAUCAUUCACACCUUGACCACAGGCACACCCCCGGCCAUGGGAGUUGAAUGGUGGAUCACGGACAGCUACAAGAAUCGGUACGGAGCCGAGUGUCAGCGACUUAACAUCCGUACAGCAGAGCUCAGGGCUGAGUCCAACCGCCUGAUGGCGUCCCUGGCCCGUAGCCCCGAGAACAUUGAGCUGCUUCUGGAUAUUAUUCGCCGAUGUCAGACUCUCGAUCAGCAACAUGUGGCCUGGGCAAACCAGUUGCCCGAAUACUUCCAUUACAAAGCUGUGGCUUGGGAAGACAAUGUUCCCAGUGGGAACUACGGCGUGGCUGAGGUUUUCCCAGGACGAAUAGACGCAUAUCAGGAUCUCUGGGUUGUCAGCGUAUGGAACUUGAUGCGUUGCUCUCGUAUCAUCCUCGCGUCACUGAUUGUUCGCUGUGCUGCAUGGGUUUGCGCCCCGGUUGACUACCGAACAACCCCCGAAUACGCAACAGCCGCGAGAACGUGUGUUGAUACCAUCACGGACAUCAUUUCCUCGGUGCCCUACCAGCUGGGCUGGUUUUCUAGUCGCAGGGAGCUUCUUGAGCGUGCUAACCUCUCCGCGUUUGGCUGUGGGGAGGAAGAUGCCCUAAAAGGUCUGCCAGGAUACUUCUUGACUUGGCCCCUGACUUGUGUCCAGGGUCAGGAUUAUACAACUGAUGCACAAAGAGCAUGGGUCAAAGGUCGACUUGAGUUUAUUGGCAAUCAUCUUGGUGUUAGGUACGCCAAUGUGCUUAAACAACUCAAUGUUCGUGUUCCCUCAAUGCUCAUCCGAAGGGAUGGCUUGAUGGCUAGCCCAUACCCUGCCUCCUACAACUUUGAAAAGCUCUUGUCGUCCAAGACGGCACCAGCUAUGGCAGGAUAUUCUCUGAACCCAAUACAACAGCAUGAAGCUAUGCAGAAGGAGAGAGCUGAGAAACAGAAAACGGAGCUACUGAGUAAAGCCAGGGGGUCCUUACCAAAUAACGAGAGGGUAGCCGACGGCCUGUUGCAAUUUCAGAAUUAA